GCCAAGACUGCCGGUGCCGAUAAGCUCCAGCAGUUGACGACUCAAUUGGAGGAAAAGUUAGCCGAAGCACAAAAGGCCGGUCAAGAUUUGGCCGCAAAGUUGAAGACAGAUGUGACUAAGAAAUUGUCGGAUUUGAAGACCGCUGGCCAACAGGGGGCACAACAAUUGGAGGACGCAAUCGAGGAACAGGCCGCUCAACUCAACAGCCAAGUUACAGGUCUCGUCAAAAAGAUUGAGGACGUGAAGACAAAGUUGCCGGCUGUUGCAACACAACUGCAGUCACAACUGCAAAAAACUCUUUCAUCGGCCAAAACAACUCUCACCAAUCAGUUGACUGACAUCACUAACCAACUGAAGACGGCCAGCGGACAGGUGAAGACAACCCUCCAACAGGCUAAGGCUGAACUGGAGGCUGAGUUGCAGAACAUUCUGAACCAGGCUCAAAAUGAGAGUGUUAACAUUGAUGUGAAUGCCGGAACCGAUUCAGGCGCUCAUGUGGGCGUACAGGUGGGAACUGGCAGUGGAAGCGGUAGUGCCACCAUUGGCGUCAAGACCCUCUAA